AUGCGAGUCCAAGUUCCGGCAGUUGUGCUGUCAUUCGCGGCCUUCGCCUAUUCCCAGAUCACAGAUGGUCUGAGUUUCGACGGCGGAGAUGUUGUGAGUCUUCUUUGGGGGUUGGAUAGUGAAAAGCCUUCAAAUUACGACUUCUAUCUCUGCGCGGGUGAUGAAACCACAGAUUCUUAUGACUCUCUAUCGCAAGUGAUCGAGAAUGGCGCCUAUUCUUCUGGGGAUAUGAUCUCCUUCCGAGUCGACCAGAGUGUCGGUGGGAACGAGCCUAAUGCAUACUUCCUCAAGGUGGUUUCUACAGACUCCAAAGAAUAUUGGUCUGGGUUCACAUCUCAUUUCACCCUACGAAACAUGAGAGGCUCUUUUUCGCCCAAAGUAAUGGACGCAAUCAAGACAAUGCAACCAAAGUCCCCUGUCGCAAUCCCCUGGCCUGUAGUUCAGGAUGACAAUCUGCUCGAGGAGAAAGUCCCCUCGACCUUCAACAUCUCGAGUCUCAGCGUUUCAUCAACCGGGACCCUUUUACAGUUCCCAACGCCGACAGUGGAUACUGAAACUGGUCACAAUGAGUUACGGAAACGACAGGUGAUGGCUAUUGGCGGCGUUGGAGCCGGUGCCGUCGCAGCGGCCGUUGUUGAUCAGCAUACGGUCCCAUUCGGUGAACAGACUGGCCUGAUAAAGUAUGCUCCCAUGCCCAAGAAGGCUGGGACUACCAUUGCAACUAGAUCGGCUACUCCUCAAUAUCCGCCUUUCCCAUUCUCAAUUGCAACUGCCUAUCUUGGGGCUCCGACUGUUCAGUACACCGAUAUGGCGUAUGCCACAUGGACAGCACACAGCAUUGAGAACACGGCUGCUCCCGCCUCUCAGCCCACCCUAGACAAGAGAAUGCAGAAGUGGUUGGACCGUUGGAAGGAUUGA